CUGCAAAGCUAUACAGAGGAUCCAGAAGUCUUUAGAAAAUGUUUAUUACCUUCUUCAGUUGCUGACAACGUACCAAAAACGAAACGACUUCCUGAAUUUUAUGUUGAAUUAGAAAACGACAACUCUAGUUCUUGCACUGCAAGAUUAAUUUUACACCAGCUACGUUGGCUGGAUUACAUCGCCCAGCCUGAAGUCCUGACAGAAAAAUUGAUCGAGCCUAUCGUAGUUUAUCUGAAGGAAUUAAUGCACGAGAAUUCUGAUUUGACAGUUUCCAUAUUGGACGCACUAUCUAACUUGACACUUCAUUCAGAGAAUUUGGAAGAUGUAAGAGAGACCGUGUUAGAUCGAUUAGAGUCUGCCAAGCUUGCUGAUUUGGCUGUAAUAGUCAAAUUUAUGCUCCAAACUGUUACACCAAGCACUAUCGAUGUUGUUGUAUACGGCAUUAGACAAAAAUUAGAUUUUAGAUCCUUGGGCAAAGUACAGAAUAAUACGGGGACACAACAAAACAAGAAGGAGGCACCGGAAGCCUUAAUUGUCGAGUCGAUUAAAUUGGGGUUGCAGUUUCACAAAUUUGUAUGUGAUUCUUGGUUGAGAUCGAUUGUAGCACUAGAAACACAGCGCGAGCACAAAGUAAUAGAUAUGCUUGUAUUGAUUAUUUUGUAUUCCAUGACAUCCAUGAAGAAAAAGGUCGAGGCUAUUAUCAAGAAAAAGAUUAUUCAAGGGAGCAUCACAGCCGCAUUGAUCCAAGAAACAAUUAUGUGUCAUUCCGACGGAUUGUUAGGAUACUGGAGUACAUUAUUGUCCUUGUCUGAAAGCUUAUUGCGAUCGUGUCAGCAAGUGAGUGCUAUCUCACCGUGUGCCAGUACCUUAUAUAUAAGCUCGUUCAAAUCCUCCGACGUAUAUUACAGACAGGAAAUAAUUGGGGCACUUGUGACACAUAUUGGCAGUGGUGUAGAGGCCGAAAUGAAUGUGGCAUUGAACGUAUUAUUGAAACUAGUAAAAUUCAAUGUUUCGAGCGUAGCUGUAUACAGUGUGUUUGUGAAGGGUAUUUUGGAUUACUUGGAUAAUCUGAAUUUGUACCAGAUUCGUACCCUCUUUGACAUCUUUAGUUUGCUCGCAUUAACGGUAACAAGAGACCAACUAAUUGCAUACGUGACCUCGCUAACCCCUUUUUCGUAG